UAUUUACUUUACACUAUCCAUAUAUCUACAAAUCCACCAAGCUCUUAACCAUGGCACAUUUUUACGAUGCUGUACUCCAGCGACCGGAUCGGUUCAAUUUUGCGGUAGAUGUUAUCGAUUAUUGGGCGGCCCGUCCCGACGACUUAGAGGCAAUGUAUUGGGUAUCAAAAGGCGAGUCUCAAAAGCGUUCCUUGACGUUUAAAUACUUCUCACGCCAGUCUCAUCGGGUCUCUGUUUUAUUACAGCGCUUAGGCAUCAAAGAGGGCGAGACGAUGGUUAUGAUCGUCCCACGUGUCCCGGCAUGGUGGGAAAUCGCCGUUGGAGCUAUUCGCAGCGGGGUAAUUAUCUCACCGGCGACUACCUUGUUGACCGAAAAAGAUAUUCAGUAUCGCUGCGUCAAAAGCAAGGCCAGCGUAUUUGUGGGUGACGGUGCAAGUGUUGCCAAGUUCCUAGCAGUCCGGGAUGCGUGUCCAUCUGUUCGCACCGUACUGCAAGUAGGUGACGUUCCGCACCCAGGCACCGACUCUUUCUACGCAUCUUUAGAACUUGUCGAGGCCGAUGCUUCGGUGGAAGAUGUUAGACGAGACUGGAACUCCCCAGCCCUGCUCUACUUUACAUCGGGAACCUCUGGUCCACCGAAGAUGGUGCGCCAUAACCAGGUUUCAUAUCCAUUAGCUCUCACCACGACGGCCAAGUCUUGGUAUCAGCUAGCUCCAGGCAAGGUGCUUUGGAAUACCGCAGAGCAAGGUUGGGGCAAAGCUUCUUGGUCAUUCUUUAGUGCGUGGAAUUGCGGAGCUACUCUUUUUGUUUAUGAUGAUCGUGAGGCAUUCAGCCCUCGGCGCCUUCUAAGGAUACUUCACCGGUAUCCUAUCACAACCCUUUGCGCAGCUCCACUUGCAUAUCGACAGCUUGUCUUGCAAGAGGCUAAAUCCUACUAUAAGGAACACCCUCCUAUGGCGCUCUCGCAUUGCACAGCCGCCGGAGAAGCCCUAAAUGACGAGGUUAUCAGACAAUGGAAUGCGAUCAGCGGCAUGGAGAUUCGAGACGGGUACGGUCAGACAGAGUCAGUUCUCCUCUGUGGGAACUUCAGCGGGUUUCCGAUUCGUCCAGGUUCUAUGGGGAAGCCAGCGCCUACAGUGCCUCUUUCUAUCAUAAAUAUCGACGGGUCGGAAACUGCGGUCGGGGAAGAAGGUGAAAUGGCAGUGCUGAUAGACGAUAUAUCAUCCAAAAACGAAUUCUUCGGCAUCUUCGAUGGAUACUUAAAUGAUGAUAAUACGGUUAGCCGGCGAGAAAAAAUAUUCACCAAGAAUGGAGAGAGGAAGGUUUGGUACCUGACGGGAGACAAGGCGAGGCGGGACGCUGAUGGCUACCUCUGGUUUGUUGGCCGCUCAGACGAUGUCAUCAACUCUUCUGGGUAUCGCAUCGGUCCCUUUGAAGUAGAAUCGACCUUGAAACUGCACCCAUCAGUAGUUGAAUCCGCCGUGAUAUCCUCGCCAGAUCCAAUCCGAGGGGAGGUCGUGAAGGCCUUUGUAGUUCUGAUCGAUCAAUGGAAAGACGUAAACCAGGACUCACUAAGGAAAGAGCUACAAGAUUUCUGCAAAAAGAAUGCUGCGCCGUAUAAGUAUCCGCGGAAGAUCCAAUUUGUACCUUUGGAGUUUUUACCCAGGACGGUGAGUGGGAAGAUUCAAAGAAACUUGCUUAGGAAAAUGGAAUGGAAAAGUGAGACUAAAGCAAAGCUAUGAAUAUAUGUAACGAGAGAGCAAGGAACCAAUGCUACCUUUAUUCGUCGUAUCUAGUCUCAAGCGUUGGUGUAUAUAUUCUAGCCCAUCAAGUUCUCCUCAU